GGGGUGUUGCUGCUGGGGGAGGAGUUGCUGGGGACCCGAGGCACCCUCGCGUGAGAGCCCUGAGAGGGAAUGGCGUCGUCUGACCUCCGGGUUGUCCGGGGCGAAGGGACGAGUCACCCCAACCUUUCCGAAGCCCAGUGGAAUGGACUCAUUAUGAACUGAUCCGAAAAGCAGCCCAAGUCAUCCGUCGCUGGGGCGGGGAGAGGGACACCGCGGCGGCUCCUCCGAGUGCUACCCGGGCAGUGAGCCUGUCGGGAGAGGAGGCCCAGCGGGGUGGAGAGAGAUAAGGGACCAGUAACGGCCAGCGGUUAUCCGUGGUGAUCAAAGCCACAGUAAUGUCUGUAGUUCGUUCAUCCGUCCAUGCCAAAUGGAUUGUGGGGAAGGUAAUUGGGACAAAAAUGCAGAAGACUGCUAAAGUGAGAGUGACCAGGCUUGUUCUGGAUCCCUAUUUAUUAAAGUAUUUUAAUAAGCGGAAAACCUACUUUGCUCACGAUGCCCUUCAGCAGUGCACAGUUGGGGAUAUUGUGCUUCUCAGAGCUUUACCUGUUCCACGAGCAAAGCAUGUGAAACAUGAACUGGCCGAGAUCGUUUUCAAAGUUGGAAAAGUCAUAGAUCCAGUGACAGGAAAGCCCUGUGCAGGAACUACCUACCUGGAGAGUCCGUUGAGUUCGGAAACCACCCAGCUAAGCAAAAAUCUGGAAGAACUCAGUAUCUCUUCAGCACAGUGAAGGGGGAGUGGAAGAAGGAGCUAAAGGGGAAAAUUGACAUGUUUAUGUUAUGGAAAAAGAAAUUUUUCUAAGUUUCAUCACAAACUGUGUCCAAUUUCUCUGUGGUGUUCGUGAAAUAGCUAAAAGCAAAUGAAGUAAAGGGCAUAUUGUGGUUUUUCA